AUGCUAGUGCGUGCUGCACUUUUGGUUGCCUACGUGACCUGUCUCUCAGCAUGCAACCUGCCGCAGCCAUGUAUUGAAGGUGUAGCUGGUGUGAUUGGCUGGCUCUUAGACAAAGAUGGAGACAAGCCCUGUGAAGCUAUCUGGGCCAAAGCAGUCUCCCAGUCAGCCGGCAGCCAUUCACGUCACAAGCAUUGCCCUGCCUGGGCUGGAACAGGCAAUACUGCCUGGAAAGACGGAGUCUUCAGAGAAUGCUGGGAUGUUAUCCGAGCUUGCGGCCACACCAUUGGCACAGGGACUUGUGUGCCGAGUAUGUCCGCUGUAAUGGAGGCGAAGGUGCCAGUACUACAUGGAAAGCCUCUACCCCCAGUGUGUGGUCGCAUGCCCGUGGUUCCUUCCUGGGGCAGCGUUAUAGAGCGACGAGGAAGACUGGCUAAUGGAGAGAUGGUGGAGGAUGCCUGGGAUUUCCAGCUGCAGGAGACCCCUUGUCGGCUGGGCGUGCGGGAGGUUUCGCACAUGGAGCGCUGCCUUGCAGGUAGUUGGGUUGUCUUGAUUGGGGCAUCGCAAGCCUCUGUGUGGACACAGCAGCUGGCAAAUCUCCUUGCCCCUGGUGCCCUGGACUCCUUGCGGGAUGACUUUGUGUCAGAUGGGGUCUACUUGCACCUUCUUGAUCUGGUCAUCGAAGAUGGUAGGGUCGUGCACAAGGUGGUGGGCUUCGAGGGUGGGCACAAAGUCGAAGACCACCGAGGUGCACACUCGGAUGCACGCGAUGCUGUGGAGUUGCCUCGGGUGUAUGCUCGACUGGCAGAGGCGCCUCUCUACAACCGCAGCUCUGGCCAGAUCCGUGUGACCCAUCUCAUUGCCGAGUACUGGGAUGAAGCGGAGAGUGGGUUGGUGGCGCUUGACAUGGUUUCAACAGGAGGUUGGAAACAGAGCCCUAUAUUUCUGAUCGUGGGAGUGGGCCUUUGGUAUGGUUAUUCCAAGGGCUGUGCUCUCGACUGGUGCGACACCAGGCCCAGCAUUGCGGGCUUGGGCCUUGAAGCCAUCCUCGCAGUAUUCACGGAAGGAAUGCAAAGGUUACAGACCUUCUGCAACUCUGAGCGAGCUGCUGUGCAUGGAUGUACCGUGACAUCGAUCGAGUACUGCAGCGAGUUGUACCAGAACACAGUUUACGUCCACCUUCAUCAAGCUAUGAAGCGGGAGUUCAGACCGUAUGUUUCGAAAAAUGUUCGCUACUUCGACAUGUGGGAAUUCCUCGAGCAGGUCCCUGAAGACUGCCUCUUCGGCCACAUGUCUCCUGCAUCCGCGAGCUUUAUGAUCCAAGCUGUGCUUCAGAGUGUUUGUCCAGCAGACGACGUCGCAGAUGCCACGCUCAUCGCAUUUGUUGGGAAGGCAUGCAGAUCACGGCAGAUUGUGCCCGACUGCCCUGGGAUGGCUUGCGGUGGCUACAUGUAUACCUGGGACUAUGCCCUGGCGCAGAACUGCAAGUUGGUUGCCGCGGUUGAUCCAGAGCUUGAAAGAAGAGGAUACCAGCCGGUGUCUGGUCCAGCACUUGCCUCUUCCUGGAUGCUGAGCGCCGAUGCUGAAGCGAUAGAGGCCGCAACAACGACCACCACCACCACUACUGAAGCCACAACCACAGGACGUCGCAAUGAAACUGUGCUCCAGACCACAACUCACCGGAGUGGGAGUGAGGCAAAGGCAGAAGCCAAAACUCACGAGUUUUGGCCCCAAAAAGGACAAGGCUUACAGCCUGGCCUCAGCAUUCCAACCUCCAGCAGCUUCAUGUUCUGGGAGCGGUUGGUGGGCGUCAGAGAGGACCCAGUUUUGGCUCAGUGGGUGUUUUCAUCGCUCCUACUGACAGCGGCUGUCUUGAUUGCCCGCUAUGCACGACCUUGCAUGAAGGCAGUGAAGGUAGAUGAGAUGUUGGACCCAAUUCUGCCCUUCAAGGUUGGUGAGGAUCUGGAGGAGCCACCCGCAGCCUGGUGGUCGGAGGACUGGGGAGCAGGUUCCCCGAAGGUGGCGCCACGCCUUUCUAGGGAGGAGGGCACGGCGCCGUCUCUGGACGCCAGUGACGACGUGGAUUCCCAGCAGCGGCUUCUCAACAGCCCCACAUCAUCUGCGGUCUUGACCAGUCCCAGUCCGAAAGUUGGACCAAAUUCGUGCGGUGAAAUGGUAUUUCGAAUGCCACCAAAGGGCGAUCGCUACUCUUUCGGCUUAGCCCGAUACCUGGCAUCCCUCCAUGUUGUCCUGGGCCACCUCAACGCUCGGGGCGAGACGAUGGACGUGUACAUGUGCAACUGGGGGUUCACCUGGGUGCCGUGGUUCUUCAUGCUCUCGGGAUUCAUCCUUUGCACCGCGGAGAUGAAGAACCCGCGGAAGGAGCAGCCCUACGAGUAUGUUGCCAGACGAUUUGUCACCAUCUAUCCUGUAUAUGCUGUAAGCCUUCUGAUUGCGAGCAUUCCGGCCGUGAUCUCUGGGACGCUGCCAAGUGGAUGGGUACUGCUCAUGCAGGCUUGGCUGAUGCAAGCAUGGGUGCCCACCAUUACGGAGAAAGGCUUGCAAAUGCAGUGUUGGUUCCUGUCCUGCCUCGUCGUGUACUGGACUUGCUUCCCAACUCUCGCCAGGAGAGUCUAUCACAUUCAACUGCAAGAGGUUUUGCUUGGAAUGGCUGCAUUGUGCAGCUUUCCAGUGCUUUACAUGUUAAUACCCGACCUCUUCUACGGGACCACUAACUGGUAUGACUAUCACAGCUGGGGGAAGAUGCGUAAUGUGACGGACAUCAUCGUCAUCGUGAUAAAGUUUCAUCCCAUUUGCUACCUGCAUGUUUUCGUAUUGGGAAUGCUGCUGGCACGCUUGCGGCUGCUGUUGUCCGAACAGAUGGGUUCGGAGAUGCGGAGGGCACUGGCUCUCCUGCUCGACCUGUUAGCUCCAGUUGGAUACUUCGGUCUUCUCUUGGUCUUUAACGUCCCGGCGGCGAGUCCUCCCUACGCGAAGCUGUCGGCCCGCAUCCUCGUUCUGCUUCCGCUGCAGGCUGCGAUUCUGCUUGGCCUGGCUGGUCUCGAAGGCUUUCCACAGCCGAAGCUUGCGAAGUGGGUCUCUGACUUCAACUUCCUGGAGUCUUACUCGUAUUGCGUCUACGUGAUGCAGUUUAUCUGCAUGAAGCUCUGGGCUGGCCAGGAGUUUUCCCUGCCCUUCUUCAUGUACUUGAUUGCCAUCGCAACGCUGAUGCAGGUUUUUGUGCAACGACCCGCAGAAGUCUUGUGGAAGAUCUCCCCCUUGAAGGCAGCCUGGAUGGCUCCAACGUGCAUCUCGAUGGUGUUGCUUCUGAUUUGGCUGGGCGGUUGUCUUCUGCCGGCUCCUACUGUCGAGGUAGACCUGCCUGCGAAGAUCCAUGAAGAUGGGCUUCUUGACAUCCGGCUCCCUUUGGUGAUGAGUGACAAGGACAUGCGUGCCACAGGUGGUGGGGCUUUUAUCAACCCAUCCAUCACCGUGUCUCCAGACGGAAACCGGCUGAUCAUCGCAGCACGCCUUCACAGGCGGUCAUCCAGACUUCUUCGCGAAAGCAGCAAAAGCAUUGAGAACAACAGCAACGUUGUGAACAACUCUGCCAUGCACAACUACGAGGCAGUGCUGGAGGAGACUUGGCACUCGCAGAUCGUCGUCGGAAGCGUGAAGAUGGCUGCGGAGGAUUGGAAGAGGUUUUUCAGCAACGGCCAACUCCCCGCCAACGGGACGACAUUGCGACCGUGGAGUGGUCUCCGCAUGGAAGAUGGCCAGAGCUGGACAUACCCAAACUUGUGUGAGCGGCAGAAGUACGUCCCAGAGAACAAGACUCUCAUAAGGCUUGUGGUGACAGGUCCAGAGGAUCCGAAGGUCAUCCCUUUGAUACAGGGCUAUUGCGACAAGUCAAGUGCUGAUUGCAGCACUCCGCGUGAACCGGGAGACCUGUGUAGCUCCUCACGUGACCAUUGCCGCAACUGCCAUUCGAGAUGGUGCUCUUCGGAAGAGGUACAAAUCGCUUUCAGCUCAUACACACCCAAGGCAGGCAAAGACUGCAAGCGGCGAGAUGUGAUGCAGAUGUUUCUUGCUUCAGGUGUAGACACAAAGGCAGUGGAUAAGGUGUCGCACGGCCUCCACUUGAAAUGCGGGCAAUGGAACCACAACGAGAAGAAUUGGAUCCCGUUUCAGCGCAAUAGCCGCACAUAUGUGGUCUACUCUCUGGUUCCUCAUCUUGUACACGAGCUGGUGCACGACGGGCAAGGCACAUGUGGGUCACAGUUUCGUACCCUCUUCCCACCACUGGCUCAGAUGCAGGAGGAGAACCUGGACAAGGCCUAUCGAGGAUCUGGUCAAGCCGUUCAUGUAGAUGCGUCUGCAGCAAGAGCAGCGAAUUUAACGCUUCGGCAGUCGCACUUCCUGGCUUUGUUCCACGUGGCAGACUUGAAGGUCCGUCGCUACUGGCAUCAUGCAUAUCGGUUUUCUCCCGAUCCACCUUUCCAGAUUUUGCAGGUUUCCAAGGCUUUGCCUCUGCAAGAGCUACCACCGCGGCCGUUCGCUCCUCGCUUUGCCUUCGCCAGUGGCCUUGCAGUUCAUGGCCACCAGGUAACGAUCGCGUACGCUGCUGGAGACCGUGAGCCAAGGGCCCUUUCAAUGACACUCUCCAGGCUAGAUGAGUUCUUCGCCUAUGCAAGCAUUGGCCCCGCAUUGCGAGCACACCCCUCCCUGACUCCCUGUGGCGCCGGCGGUGCUUGGGACCCACUGGUCACGCCGACCAUGCAUGGCCCUACCAGCGUCGCAGAUGCUUCUUUCAAGGUCAAGAAUACAUUCCUUGAAAUCGCUCCGGUUGAGGAGGAAGCAGCGCUUCGGAAGAGGCGGAGCCGAAGUGAUGGACACGACUUAAAGAAGUCACCGCUGGUGGUGGCGUCUAAGUCGCCAAUUGCAUCUCCAUUGUUGCAGCCGGUCGAUGAGACUCGCCAGGCGAUGCCCAUAGACGAUGUGGACUUCGAGAUGCUUGAGGAUGCUGCUGAGGUAGAGGGGGACUCUCCAACUGUCGCCGCAACUCGGAAGAGGACGGCCUCCAAUGGUGAGUCUGUAGCCCAGGUAGCCGCCAACAUGGGAAACGAGCCAGCGUACGUUGUUCCGACAACACCAUCGCCCUUUCUACAUUCGUCCUUUGCGCCGCAGGUACCCGACUUCAACGGAUACGGUUAUGGAAUGCCGGAGAUGGGUCUCCCACCAGCUUAUGACUGCGAGGAACAGGUCGACUACAAUGAGGUGCAGGUAGCAGCCAUGAACGCCGGAUUCAUGCAGGGUAUGCAGUUCUUGCCUCCGGAGAUGUGCCCAGAGACCUACAUGCAAGGGAUGUUUAUGCCGUACUGGCAGCAGAUGGGCAUGGAUGGACAAAUGCCCUGCAUGGACGGGCAAGCCAUGAUGCCACCGGAGCUGCAGGAGCAGCUGCAAAAGGCCGCGCAGAUGCAGGAGCAGCUGACCCAGAUGGAGCCACCGAAGGGCGCAGAGGAGCCUGGGCCAGCGCCGGCGCAACUAGAAACGAAAGAAGAAGAGCCGGUCGCGGUCGCGAAACGUGAGGAGGCAUCAGCUGCGACUGCGACCAAUGGUGAGAACCACCGUCCUAGCAAUGACGAUAGUAAAUGGAAAGAUUGGAAGGACAACUCGUGGCAUGAAUGGCAGGAGAGCUCGAGGAAGAACGAUUGGAAGGACAAGGACUGGAAAGACUAUGCUUGGAAAGACAACGAUUGGAAAGACGAUUGGCGGCGAGGGGAAGAUGACGCGUACUGGAAGGAGGCGUCCGAUACCGGAAGCCGUCGAGGCAGCAAAGGCAAAGGCAAGGGCAAGGAGCAGAGGGGAUGGGAGGAAGAGAGGAGCGCAAAGGACCCGGAGUGGGCGGGCACCUGGAAGGAGGAGCCCAGACAAGGUGCCGACCCCGCCACGAAAGAGAAGAAAAUCCCUCCGAUUCCUUACGAGCGCCCGGAAGGAAAUGAGCCGUACACGACGGUCAUGCUCCGAAACAUCCCGAACAAGUACACCAGGGAGAUGCUCAUUAAGCAGCUCAGCUUGGAAUUCAACGGCGAGUGCGGGCCCCGGCUAGAUGCAAGACUCAUGCGAGAGGCCCUGCGGGCCCAGGGCCUCGAGGAGCGAUUUCUGGGGAGCGCCUCCGCGGCUCUCUUGACAACAGGUUCAUUGGCUUGUUUCACGGAGUGGACGUUCGGAAGUGCUUGCCGGGCCUGA